UCAAGGGAGCCGGUGGAAAGACAACAAUCGGCCAGAACCAAUGGAUGGUGUGUUUAUGGAUACCUGUUUUUGAUCCCCGGGAUACGUGAGAAAACUUCCUCCAGAAGAACUUUGAAAGCAAAGCGAAUUCCUGGUUGACUUCUGAGACAAAGCUCAGAAAGCUGCAUGUGUGAAUCGAUGUUCUGCAAUGGAACCCUGGCCUGUGGUGGCCUGGGUGAUGGUUCUGAUGGUCUUCGCUGACUGGAUGGACUCUGCGUGUGCGAGGGACUUCACCGAGAAUGACAUCAUAUUCCUUCACCCCUCAACCACUCCAUACCCGGGCGGAUUCAAGUGCUUCACAUGUGAAGAGGCGACGGACAACUACGAGUGCAACCGCUGGGCCCCGGACCUCUACUGCCCUAAAGAUGCAAGGUAUUGCUUCACCCGGCACACGAUAAACCUGGACGGCACCUCUGUGUCUGUGACGAAGCGCUGCGUGGCUCUCAACGACUGUCUCUCCACAGGCUGCUCUGACAUAGACCAGGAGGGAUUCAGGGUGUGCACAGCAUGCUGCGAAGGGAACAUCUGCAACAUGGCGGUUCCUCGGAAUGAGUCAGACGCCCUCUUCGCCACAACGUCUCCUCUCAGCGGGUCUUCGAGUCAAGCUCCGAGCCUCUCGCUACUCGUCACCACAGUCAUCCUCACAGUCAACUUUCUUCUCUUCAGCCAUGCUUGAGUGGCGCCAUGUCCUACUGUGAGCUUCUUGAUAUUCAUCACUUCCUUCAUCCUCACCCUCAACUGGUAUCCACUCAGCUGUGCUUGAGGGAUCCGUGUUUUACUGCAAGCUUCUUGCUCAACGUUAUCACAGUCAUUCUCGCCCUCAACUAUUGAGAUAUGCUUGACAUGUGAUAUCGUCAUUGACUGGCAGAAACCUUGUAUCUCCACUCUAUCUUAGAAUUAUUAUAAUCUUAUUUAAUCUUUUGAUCUAAUUAUUUGUUUCAAACAACUAUUUUCUAAAUAAAAUAAGUGGGUUUUAAAUCAUUUAUAAAAGUCAUAUACUCCUGGAAACCCACCAAUAUUGUACUGAACUCAACUGGUAUAUUUGAAAAAAAAAAUGAUGAUAAUAAUUAGUAUUUUAAAGGUGGAGAUAUGAGGUUUCUGCUGGACAGCGAUGACAUGCGACGUGCGUUCCACCGUGAACUUCUUGCUCAUCACCACUACUCUUCCCCUCAUCAUCAACUGGCCUGUCUCUCCUCAGCCAUGCUUGAGCGAUGCAUGGCAAGAAGACUGCAUGAGGACAGUGAAGUUAGGAAUCUUUGCCACCAUGUGUUCUUCUUAACUAAGACUCUACAGGCAGUGUACUGGAGAGAGACAACAGACUUCUUUUUUCUAAAAAUAAAAAGGGCAAAGUGCCCCUAGAGGGUAUGACAUUAAAAAAGCACUUACUAUAAAAACAGAAACAGAAAAUAAUGAAAUGGUAAUGUGAGUUGCUGUUAUUGUUGUUACUACCUUUGCUUUAUUCUUACCUCUUACCAAUGAAGUGUUAACACAAUUAUUUACCACUUUUUCACCCUCACUUUUCAACCUAUUAACCGCACAGUCUGAUAGCUCUUUUUCAACCCUAUCAACACUAUAUCUCAGAUGUGCAUAUAGCUCCUUCUGUCUGUUUGUGUUUCUUGGUCUCACAAUGAGGGUUGAAGUCCUACCUUUCAUAUUUUCCCCCAGCAUGUAUUAACCUGU